AUUACUUCACCUUCUUCGCCGCGUUGCUGUCUAGCUGUACCAUUCGGUUUUACGUCCUUGUCUACACCGCUGUUCACCUUCCGCCUCCUACGCAGUCGUUGUAACGAAACUCGCGACCCAGCAGGUUGUCAUGCCUCCAGUCAAAGCGAAUCAACGGCGAUCGCUGGAACGCCCUCGUAACGAGCCUCUGACAGAGAGCAGCCCUACAGCAUCAGCUGCACAGCACAUCUUAACCGACGACAGCCAGUGCAGAGCCUGCGAAGAUAUAUACUCGCCUCGGGUUUCCGCAGACCUUGCUGACCCUGGUGACCCUACUGGCACCUUGGAGAGGCGGACAGACACAAUAAUCACAUCCGGGCAGCCAACUGAAGGCAGCAAACGCCAUGCAAACAAGCAUCCAGACUCCCCCAUUGAGUCUCAUGCUUCGACCGUCCUCGACGAUGAGCUUUCCAACACGCUCUCCGAACAAGAUCCGACCACAAGCGACGGGCCAACCUCUGAUACUCAGAGCAUUAUCCGAUAUAUCGGUCAUGUAGCUGAUGAGUCUACACUGGAGUACUCGCUGCGAGGUAUGGACGGGGUGGCCGAGCUCGAAACAGCUUCGCUUCCCACGCCCACGUCGCCUUGCCCUGCGUACGAGAAGCAAACCCACAUCCCCAUAGAACUACACGACUCGGAACAGAGCAAGAAGAGCUUCGUCAAAGUAGCGAAGCAGUAUAUUAACGCAUACUGGUGGCUGUCCGUUGUGGGAUGCCUGGCCUGGAUGGCCACGAUAGACCUCCUGCACUGCUUGGCUGUCCUCGAAGGGCCUGUUGGCAGAUCGUGGUACUCACCGACAAGGGCCAUCACCAGUGCACCUGGUAGCCAAGGAGACGACAGCCAUGUGCCUCGACUUCAGAGACGACGUCCACCAAUGGCCUGGGAGCUGGUUUUGUGGUCCCUGCUUGUCGGCGGCAGAACGGGUGGUGGACUCCUGGCUCCUUUGUUCUCGAAGAGGUUGGGCUACAGAAACUCAUUCAUCGCUUCUGCAGCCAUGGUCUUGCUGGUCGUCCCACUGCUAUUGGCGUCCGUCUUCGCCACGUCCGCAUCGGGUCUCGCACGAUUUGUCCUCCUGGCAACAGGCGAGUGCUUACUUGCCGUGCCUUUUGGUCUCAUUUCGGUCUUGAUCAUCCCUUAUGUAUCCGACGUCGCCCCCCUCAAGCGACGCGGGACAAUGCUGUGUAUUCUGAGCUCGGUAUUCACCAUAAGCAUGGUCUGCAUGACCUUCUCGUCGGCGGCUUUGCGGCGUGCGCCAAUCCAGCAGUCUCGAUUCGUGUAUAUCCUCAUGUUCGUACUGGCUCUGAUAUGCACAGCGGGGACUUGGUACAUUCCCGAAAGUCCUCGAUACGUAUUGCGGCGCCAAGAGCUCAUGGACGAUGACUCGACAAUCCAGCCCGCCUUCCCGGCCCUCAAACAUUCAGAGGAAGCCAACGAAGCUGCCGUGACAGCGCUACGACUAUUGGACGAGAGGGAAGCAGCUCUUUUCGGAUCAGGAUUUCUAGCCUGCUUCCGCAAGACCAAUCGCAGAAGGACUUUUGCUCUGGUCAGUGUGUACUAUACGGCGAUGAUGCUGGGCCUGUCGCUGUAUGGGCUUGUCGUUGCUACUACCGACGGAGGUGCGUUCGUGGCAACGGGCACAAAGGUCCAGGUCACUGCCGUCGUGCUGUGCUGCGCCGGAGGAAGCAUCAUAUCAUUGUUCCUGAGCCGCUACCUCGGGCGACGCACUAUGUGGAUCGCUGGAUUGUGGUUGUUCUUGCUCAUUGCGGUUACAAUUGUCGGCCUGGCCAACCCAUUCGUCACCACCACCCGACUCAGAAACCUGUAUGUACAGACAGCGGUACGCCACGGCCACAUCUCUCGACUGGUCACGGCCUUCUUCUACCUCGCCCUUGUCGUCUUUGCUGCUGUGCUUCCCGCACUGUCUUGCGCACUCUCGGCCGAGAUCCCGUCGGGCCACCUCAUGGUCGAGACCAUUGCUAUCAGCGCAUCUCUCAGCACUGUCCUCGUCAUCCUGUCGGUCACCUCUUCUUGGCUCAUUGGCAGCGUGGGUUCUCGAGGCCUGGCAGGCAUGCCGGCCAUCUUGCUGCGAGGCAUAGUCGAUGUCCCGGUCUGGAUGGCCGUCGGCUGGGUCAUCGUGUGUCUGUGUGGCCUCGCGACAGGCCGCGGCCGCCCGGAGACCAAAGACAAGUCGCCCGAGGAGGUCAAUCGGGCAUAUGAAGUGCUGUGUCUCGUGAAGCAAAGACGGAACGAGGAGGAGGCGCUAGGUCCCUGGUCAGGAGAAUAGGCGUGGCCGUGCUUGCGAAUCCCUAUACCCCGUACACGCGUGUUGAUAAUAGUAUUACAGUCGUAUCAAGUAUUCCCUUUUCUUUGUCACAGGUUUUAUUUUCCUUGUACACGUGGCUUGAUUGAAACUGAUCAGCUGCUGCUCACGUCCUCUAUGAUUCCAUCAUCGGCCGCGAUGCUGCUCAUGACCUGUUCCCUCGUCAGGCCGAACCAGAACUGCGGGGCUGCCUGGACAGCCUUCUUGGCCUGAUACAC